AUGUCGUCGGUGGACUUUUACCGGCGUGUCCCGAAAGAUUUGACAGAGGCAACCAGUUUGGGUGCCAUUAUGAGUGUGUGUGCCCUGGUGGUAAUGGGGGUGUUGUUCCUUUCGGAAACGGCCGCCUUUGCGCGCACGGGUAUUGCCACGUCCAUUACAUUGGACGAGAACACGUCGCCGCAAAUUCGCUUGAACUUCAACAUUACGCUCACGGAUUUGCAGUGCGAUUAUGUUUCGAUCGACGUGUGGGACGCCUUGGGCACGAACAAGCAGAACGUGACGAAAAACAUCGACAAGUGGCAACUCGACGCCCAAGGGAUUCGAAGGAUCUUUUCGGGACGCAAUAGGGAAGGUCGGGAAGUCGUACACGAUAGUCACGAUCGGAGUUUGGACGAAAUUCAUUCGGAAGAUGGCAAAGCCGUGGUAGACCUCACGGCGGAUACCUUUGACGAUUUCAUGGAAGAGCACGAAAUGGCCUUUGUGGACCUUUAUGCUCCAUGGUGCGUUUGGUGCCAACGGCUCGCGCCCACGUGGGAAUUGUUCGCGCAAGAAGUCAAAAAGGAAGGCAUGCCCAUUGGUGUCGCCAAGAUUGAUUGCAUGGCCGAAGCCGACUUGUGCCGCGCACAGCGCGUCAUGGCCUUUCCCACGUUGCGCUGGUACCACGAGGGCAAAGCGGUGGCGCCCGACUACAAAAUGGAUCGAACCAUCCCGGCCCUUACCUCGUUCGCCAAACGUAAACUUGAUAUGGACGAAAAGUUUAAGGAAUGGCAUUCCAAAGCGUCCGAUAGUGCCGAUCCAGCCGAAGUGGAAAAGAAACGACAAUUGUACCAACAGAACCGACCGGAUCAUCCCGGUUGUCAGGUAUCGGGACAUUUGAUGGUCAACCGGGUGCCGGGCAAUUUUCAUCUGGAAGCGAAAUCCAAAAGUCACAACUUGAACGCCGCCAUGACUAAUCUAUCGCACGUGGUGAACCAUUUAAGUUUCGGGGAACCCAUUGACGAAAAUAACCGCAAGUCGAAACGGAUACUCAAACAAGUCCCGGAGGAGCACCGACAAUUUGCACCCAUGGAUGGGCAAGCGUUCCUAACCAAAGCCUUCCAUCAGGCCUUUCACCACUACAUCAAAGUCGUUUCGACGCACCUGAAUAUGGGCUCGUCGGAUGCGAAUUCCAUGUUGACGUAUCAGUUUUUGGAACAAUCACAAAUUGUCUUUUACGACGAUGUCAACGUACCGGAGGCACGUUUCAGCUACGAUUUGAGUCCGAUGAGUGUAGUGGUCGAAAAGGAAGGGCGGAAAUGGUACGACUAUUUGACCUCGCUGUGCGCCAUCAUUGGAGGAACUUUUACGACCCUGGGUUUGAUCGAUGCGACGCUGUACAAGGUGCUGAAACCGAAAAAACUGUAA